AUCCCCAACACUAUACGCAGUCUUUCGGUGCACACACACACACAAACACAUCAUAUCUUAAUCUCAUCUUUCUUGCACUAAAUAUGCUCUGCUGGGAAUUGUGCUUAGUUCUGCUGCUUACUGGUUUCUCAGUGUGGGCUCUGCCUUCAACUAACAUCAAGAUCACACAAGCACUGCCUCUACAACUGUCAGACUCAAACCAGCCUGUUACAUGUCCAUUAUUCUGGACUGAGUUUGAAGGCUACUGCUACCGUUUUUUCCCACUGAACCGGACCUGGGCUGAAGCUGACCUAUAUUGUGCAGAGUUCUCCAAUGGACACAAAUCAGCCAAGCUCACCUCCAUCCACAGCUGGGAAGAAAACGUGUUUGUCUAUGAUCUCGUGAAUAGCCGUGUACCAGGAAUACCGACAGAUAUUUGGAUUGGACUUCAUGAUAGAAGACAGGAGGGCACUAUGGAGUGGACAGAUGGGUCACCUUAUGAAUACAAUUACUGGGAUGGAAACCAGCCAGAUGAUGGCAUUCAUCGCAUCCCUGUGGAGGAGGACUGUGUGGAGAUCUGGUACAGACAAAACAGUGCUCUAAGGUCGUGGAAUGACAACAGUUGUGAUAAGGCUUUUCCAUUCGUCUGCAAGAUCCCUACACUGGAAAAUUAAUCUUUCACCAGAUCUGAGAUUGUAUAUUCAGUUCUUUAUAGUAAACACUGACACCAAAACAUCUCAAAAUCACAGUACAGCGGUUGUCCUCUCAUCUUCAUCCUUGCAGUGAUGAUGAUGGACUCUCUCUCUCCAGCUGCACUCUGCACUUCACUUCGUUUUACUGCCCCCCAAAGCUGUUGCCAUAGUGCUGUUCCUCUGGGGCUUAGGGGUUUAGACCAGUGAGUCACGACACAUAGAAAUUCCUCCAUUGUAAUCUUUUAAAAAUGACACGUUUCUUUCCUGUAGAGGGACUGUUGAGUACACAUUUAUUUUUUAUAUUGAUGUUGGCGCUAUUGUUGUGGAUUCUGUACCAGUCAGCCCUUGAGACGAGGAGUAAGUUGCACCAACGGAUUUCUAAAAACUUUGUAAAGAGCACUGAGAUUUCGGAUGUUUUUAAUAACAACUGAGUGCAUAUGAAACCCCACCCUUCAACAGAUGCUUGUUCAUUCUAUGAGGACAUCUUUUGGAUCACUGGAUUUCAUGAAAUGUUAACAACCUUCUCAUUAUGAAAUGGCUUGUUUACAUGCGGUUUACCCAAAAAUGAAAAUUGCAUCAUUUAUUCACCCUCAUGUUGUUAAGUUUCUUCUGUUGAACACAAAAUAUAUUUUCAUGAAUGAUAGUAACCACACAGUUGACUGUACCCAUUGACUUGUAUAGAAGGAAAAAUAAAUACUAUUGAAGUCAAUGGGUACCACCAGUUAUCAAAAUAUCAUUAUCAAACUCAUACAGGUUUAAAACAACAUGUGAGUGAAUAAAUGGUGACAGAAUUUUCAUUUUUUGGGUCAACUAUCUCUAAUGUAUGCUUCAGACAGGGAGGUCUAUGUUUGUGUACAUGUAUUGUUUUUGGCCUGGUUUUCUGACUGCUGUCCCUCAGUGCACAUUGAUCUAUUACUGACCUAGAAGGUGAGAUUUUGAAAGAGUAGGGAUUUAGCUUCAGAAGACAGAAAGAGCUGAUGACCUUUCAUGCUUUCUCUCUAUCUAUGUAUUAUACCAAUUAGUGAUUGGAAAAUCUCAGUUUCACCAGACAGCUCUUAUGCAUAUAGAUUUUUAUCACUGCAUGCUGGGCAAAAUUCAGAAUUAAAAUUGCCCCCUUGCCAUUUAUGAGUUGAUCUGAAUUUAGUUUUUGAUAAAACAAAUAAUUACAUCAAUAAUUGUGACUAUUUUUGCUCAUUUAUUACCAUUAUAUAUAAUGGUAAUAUAUAUAAAAUGCCAUUUUCACCUUAACUUUAAGUGAAAAUAUUAAGUUAAAAAAGCUUAAAUUUUUUAGGUGUUACCAAUUUUAGUAGAUCCAACUUUCACUUUAUCCACCUGUUUCUUGACGUAAAUGUGGGCGCCGCCAUCUUUGAGCUUUCCGGUUUAUGACUUCCGGUGAGCCACUAAAGCUAAUGGUAGUCUAUUGCGAAGGACACAAGUGUGCCGUUUUGACUGCUGAUAAAAAUAUGCUAAUUUAUUUAUUCUGCUACUAUAUAUUAUUACAAAAAUGCCAUUACAGUACAGAAUAUAUACAACAUAAUCUGCUUAGUUAAUGUUUAUAAUAGGUUUGCACAUACUUUUGUUAUGUUUUAAAUUAAAAAGCAAAUACUUUAAAAAGUAAACAAAUUAUUUCAUAAGCUCAUGUUUCCACCAAGUGCGUAAAAAGCAAUGUAAUAAUAUUUUCAUAAAACAAAAACUAUACUCAAUACAUGUAACGUUAGUAGUUUAAUAUGUUUAUUAUGGUUUGUUCAAAUAACUUACAAUGUGUUGCAUAAGAAAGAUAUUGCUGACUGUGUCGGACCGCGUGAAGCUUGAUGUGUCGCCAUAAACAAGUCAAUUAAAAAUUGCCGUUUAAAAAAAACCUCACACCAGAGGGACAGUUGUGACAUUUUAAACCAUCACCUGAAAAGUUAAAAACACGAAUUUGUGGUAAAUUCCAUGUUCAAACACUCGACUGACUUUCCCAUUGUAAAGAUACUGGUAUGUCUCUGCUUUUAUAUUUGGGCAUUGAAGACCCGUCACCUCCGAUCAACAACACGAAAUGAUUGAAUAUAUCUUCAUAUAUCAAGCCACUUCUUAAUUUCAUUCUCACACUGGUUCAUACAUGGCAGGAGUAGUAAAUAUUAACUGUUUAAAUCAUGUUUUAUGUGUGCUCCCACUACACUGUUUUCUACCGGCUGGCUAUAGAACCGGAAGUCUCGCACCGGAAAGGAAAUACUUCAUAUCACUUACUUUCGCGUUCGAGAAAAAGGUGGAUAGUUGCAUUAAUUCUUUGGAUUUCAGUCUAUUUCAAUUGUGCCUGUUUAAAUUAAAAUUACAUUUAUGCAUCCUGAAAACUAAAUUCAAAAUUGGCCACUGAGUAGUGCAAGAGUAUGUCAAUACUUUCUCAGCAGCAUGUCAUCAUUAGUUUUUGUAGAGUUAAUAGAACGGAAACUUUAGAGUUUACAUUAUAAGCUCACUUUUGAGGUCUUAGUGCUCUCCAUGGAAAGUUGGUAAUAGUUUGUUCAUGACCCAAUGUCUGGGUAUUACCAGCAUAUAACUUUAAAAAAAAUAUGAACAUUCUAGUUUGUUAAUAUGAUCUCAAACAGUAAUUUUAAUCAUUAUGUGCUUGACAUAAUGCCAGGACUCAUGUGGACAGUGGGGUUAAGCUGCUCCCUCUGGCUGGAGACAGCAAUUAAGUGACUAAUCUCUCCGUCUUAUAGCCCUCAGUGGGAACAGUUAUACACAAACAAGCUCUACAUUUUUUCUGGGAUUUAAUAAGUACAUCACUGCGGUUGACGAAAAUGUUAUGCAUGUUUUAUGCUAUUGUAAAUAUGCAUGUUUACGCAGUAGAAUCAGAGUAUCAAACUUUUGAUAUUAUUAAAUCCAUUUACAAUAACCAACAAUCACAGCUGAGGACAAAGCAAAAGGACAGUAACAAAAUUCACUUUAAUGCAUUUUGGAACAUGUUGCCAAAUCACUUAAGACAUCGCUCUGAAGGAUUUACACAUUACAAUCUCUGUCAAUGAGACAUUUAAAGGGAUUCUGCUCUAAAUUUUUUCACACACAAAGGUCAGCAUUCAGCAGUGUAACAAACUCUCAGAGAUUUCAGAGCAGACAAAGAAACAUUAGAGUAAACGUUUUGGCUUAGAAUUAAAUUAAGACACAAAUGUGAAAAGACAAAAUAAUUUUUUCAGUGAAGUUAACAGCUUUUUCAGCGUAUUCAUUUCCAUUUCUUAUUAUUUGUCUUUUCUUCUAUUGCAACAUGCAUUUGUUCAAUCCACUGUACACAAUUUAAGUUAAAAAUAUAUAUGUUUGUAGAGAUAAAUCUAUAAUUAUAUUAUUAUGAGCACUUUUAAUCUAAAUAAAGAAAUAUCUUCACUGGCAAA